AUGGGCGGCGGCUCGUCCAUUCGCCGCUCACCCACGACCAAGUCCAACGCCGAGUUCAUCUCUUCCCUGCAAGCCAACUUUGCCCAACACUCAGCCCCCGAGAGCGACGUGACGCCCACCAACGGCAAUGGCACCGCAGAGCCAGCACAAGUCGACUACCGAACAUGGACACGGCAGAAAGACGAUGUACUCGAGAUACCRACGUUGGACCUUGCAGAAUCGGCACUGGCGGAAGAGCGUGAACAGUACGACAUUACGGUGAAGCUAUUCUAUCUGCCCGGCGCGUCGAGAGACAACCGCGCAGCACAGACGAGAGAGGCGGUGGAGCUUGUCAAAAAAGCCUUGAACAUGCCCUCGAUCGAUCUGUUGAUCGUUUCCUUCCCUGGCAUCUACUUUGAUGAAGAGGAAGAUUGUCCCGACAAGAUCUCCACCCGAGGACCUGUCGAGGCUGACCCCGAACCGUUGAGUGGUCAGCUUGAAGCAUGGCAAACGUUGGAAAGACUUCAUGAGGAAGGGGUGGUGUUGAGGCUUGGGCUUGCGGAGUUUGGGAAGGAGCGCUUGCAUUCCCUGCUUGAGCAGGUCAAGAUCAAGCCAAGCGUGAACCAGAUCAAUCUGCGAGACUGCUGUUCGGUGCCCAAAGAUCUGAUGGCGUUGGCCAAGAGCAAGAGCGUGGAAUUGCUGGUCCACAACGAUUGCUCUAACGUCCUGCCGAGAGGAACUCUGAGGGAGCUCCUUGGGCCCGGCUCAACUGGUGCUGGCGUGCUCACUGAAUCGUCCAAGACUGGCGAUAAGCGUAAGAGCUUACACGGGGAGGAAGCCACCAACGGCGUUUCCCAGGGCAGUAUGUCUGGAGAGGUGCAUCCACAGUGGGUMAUCAAAUACACGGCCGUUGUGAGGAAUCGAGGCGUCGUGGAGAGCAAGGGUUACUUCGCGAUGGCAGAGUUGGAAAAGUGA